ACGGAGCGGGUGGAGUCGGGAGGCGGCGGCGGAUUUCCUGGGCCCGGCGCGCCUGGAUACCAUGGCGUUUGGGAAGGGCCACCGGGACCCCUACGCGACAGCCGUGGGCCACCUCGUAGAAAAAGCUACAUUUGCUGGUGCUCAGACUGAAGAUUGGGGUCAGUUCAUGCACAUCUGCGACGUAAUUAACGCAACUCAGGAUGGGCCAAAAGAUGCAGCAAAAGCUUUGAAGAAAAGGAUUUCCAAAAACUACAACCAUAAAGAAAUCCAGCUGACCUUAUCACUCAUUGAUAUGUGUAUGCAAAACUGUGGGCCGAGUUUCCAGGCUCUGAUUGUGAAGAAGGAAUUCAUUAAGGACAGUCUAGUGAAGCUGUUGAACCCCCGAUACACCUUGCCCUUAGACAUUCAGAAUAGAAUCCUGAAUUUCAUUAAGACUUGGUCACAAGGUUUCCCAGGAGGGGUGGAUGUAAGUGAAGUAAAAGAAGUGUACCUUGACCUGCUUAAGAAAGGUGUUCAGUUUCCUCCCUUGGGUGCGGAAGCUGAAGACGCAGCGAGACAGGAGACACCUCGCAUCUCAUCAAGUUCUCCAGCAUCUGUCCCGACUGCACCAGCUCUUUCUCCUGUAACUGCUCCCAAGAAUUUUACAACUAUUACAUUGGUCCCAGAACAGAUUGGAAAACUGCACAGCGAGUUGGAUAUGGUGAAAAUGAAUGUGAGGGUGAUGUCCACCAUCCUGAUGGAGAACACGCCUGGCUCUGAAAACUCGGACGACCUAGAGCUUCUGCAGAAGCUUUGUAAGACGUGUCGGGAGAUGCAGGAGCGGAUCAUGGACCUGCUUGUGGUGGUGGAGAAUGAAGAUGUAACUGUUGAGCUCAUCCAGGUGAAUGAAGAUUUGAACAAUGCCAUUCUUGGCUAUGAGAGGUUUAUUCGAAACCAGCAAAGGCUUUUGGAGCAAAAUAAGAGCCAGAAUGGAGCUACCAAUACCUCCAGCGAGCCUUCUGCUCCGUCUUCUGAUCUCCUUGACCUGAGUCCCAGCCCUUUGAUGCCCAGAACCACUCAGGGAGACUUCAACAGCAUGAAUGCCCAGCUUUCAGACUUAAGUUUCAGCUCUCCAAGUCCUAUUGUAACAAACAACUCAAAUUCCAGUCUUUAUCCACAUGUGGAUUUGCUAGCCUUGGAAAAUACAGAAAUAUCUCCGUUUGCCCAAAGGACCAGCCAAAACCUCACUUCCAGUUACACAUAUGUUAACAUGCCACCACAGCACUCAAGUUCGGUACUGCUGCAGCCAGUGAGUCCACAGACCACCCCGGCAGCGUCCAACCAGAGGCCGCCGAGCUUGCCCAACAAUCAUCCAGCGAUGACAAAGAAUGAUCUCCAGCCACCCAAUUACUACGAGGUAAUGGAGUUUGAUCCCUUAGCGCCUGCUGCCGCUGGAGAAGCUAUUUAUGAAGAAAUUGAUGCUCACCUCUACAAAGGAGCUCAAAGGAACAGUGACUGUUGAGGUUAAAGUAGUGAUCAGCUCACCAGCACCACAGGGGUGCCAGCUUCCUACAGAGUAGCCCCUGUCCGACUUGGAGGCCUGAAGCCAAGACCUACCACAUGUGAAAGCCACACGUGGCCAUCUCUGCUGCUGUCAUGAGGUUUAAACAGAAGUCUAACAGUCCCAGGGUAACACCUGUGGUUCCUCAUAACAUUCAAGAUUUACUUCAGUAGAACAUGGGUGUAACAAAUUCUGACUUAAAACUUACAGAAGAAAAAUUACUUAGUUCUUAGCCAACCAGUUUAAUCGCAGUAUCUGAUGAUGCACCGGCCUUCCUACAUACAGAAUUAUCAGACAGCUGUGAUAACAGUGGAUGCAGAUGUAAACAACAAAUGUGAGAAACUACAUUAUUAUUGAGUGCCUUCAUUUAACUACAAUUGAAUGUAAGUGUACAAGUCAGUUUGCACUUCUUUAUAAAUAAUACUCUGGUUUAGAACUGUUAUAACGACUCGAUGAUUGGAGUUUAAUUACAUUUCAAGUGCCUUCAACAGGUCACUAGAGUUUGCAUCAAAUGGCCUUUAAUCAUGAUUGUUUAUAAUUUUCUUUUUACUACAAUUAAUAUUUCUAUUUGGAAAAAAGACUACCGGUAAACAUUUGAAUAAACCGUGCAUUCAUUUACAUAAAUUACAAUGACAAAUAAAUAUUAAAAUAAUUUAAUAAAAAUUUUUUGAAGAAUUUUGUUUACAGAGGAACUUUUACUUCUGUAUUAGUAAACUUUCACAACCCUAGCCUUACUCUUUAACGUUCAGCAAAUUGGAACUAAGAUGGAAAAUGCUAGCAGCCCAGGAGA